AAAACGGUGGACUGCAUGACGACCAUGUCAGUCCCCUCCACGCUCGUCAAAUGCCUCUACCUGUUCUUUGACCUGCCCCACAUGGUUGAGGCCACGGUGGGCCCGACCCCGCAGCCUCCGCCGCCACCACCGCCGCCGCCUUCCACCCAGGAAAAGACCCCGGUGCAGGGCCAGCCGGAGCUGCCCCUCGCUGAUCGCAGGGUGCUACUUCAGAAAGUCUUUGUCCAGAUCCUGGUGAAGCUCUGCACCUUUGUGUCCCCGGCAGAGGAGCUGGCCCAGAAGGACGACCUCCAGCUCCUCUUCAGUGCCAUCACCUCCUGGUGCCCCCCCCACAACCUGCCCUGGCGGAGGAGCGCUGGGGAGGUGCUCACCACCAUCUCCAGACACGGCCUCAGCGUCAACGUGGUCAAAUACAUACACGAGAAGGAAUGCCUCGCCACGUGUGUUCAGAACAUGCAGCAGUCCGAUGACCUCUCCCCGCUGGAGAUCGUGGAGAUGUUUGCCGGCCUCUCCUGCUUCCUUAAAGACUCCAGUGACGUGUCACAGACGCUGCUGGACGAUUUCCGAAUGUGCCAGGGUUACGCCUUCCUCUCCGACCUCACGCUCAGACUGGAACAGGCCAAGGAAGACGAGUCGAAAGAUGCACUGAAGGACCUGGUCAACCUGGUCACCUGUCUGACUACAUACGGAGUGACGGAGCUCAAACCUGCUGGUCUGACAACUGGAGCCCCCUUCCUGCUGCCGGGCUUCGUUCUCCCACAGUCUUCUGGGAAAGGCCACACAGUACGAAAUAUCCAGGCCUUCGCGGUGCUCCAGAACGCCUUCCUGCGAGCCAAAACGAGCCGCCUGGCCGACAUGCUACUGGACGCCAUCGGAAACAUCUACUCAGCAGAGCCGGCAAACUACUUCAUCCUGGAGUCGCAGCACACCCUGUCGCAGUUUGCAGAGCGCGUGGCCAAGCUCCCCGACGCCCAGGCCAAGUACUUUGAGCUUCUGGAGUUUGUCGUCUUCAGCCUCAACUAUGUGCCAUGCAAGGAGCUGUUCAGCGUGAGCGUGCUGCUCAAAUCGAGCACGUCGCACGCCUGCAGCAUCACGGCCGUGCGGACUCUGCUGAAGCUGGCCAGGCACGACCCGGUGUUCAGCGACGUGCUGCGGGAGGUCGGCCUGCUGGAGGUGCUGGUCAACCUGCUGCACAAGUACGCUGCCUUGCUCAAAGACCCGGCCACGCAGCAGCAGCCACACAACAACGACCAAGCCGACUGUAAAAACAACACGGUGGCGGAAGAGCAGAAGCAGCUGGCCUGGCUGGUGAUGGAGACUCUGACUGUGCUGCUGCAGGGCUCCAACACCACCAGCACUAAUGCAG